GACAGUGAUUAUGACUUCAAGACGUGUGAGCGGGCCAAAACGCACAGAUGGCACUCCAUGUGCAAACAGACACCACGUCAGGCACCACUUAAACCCUCAUGCAGAGGACGUCAGUCUGUCAGUCAGCAAAAACAACAGUGGAGGCAGCCAAGCCUGUCGUCAGCCAAACUCCUCCCAUCCCUCCCCUCCCCCACACCGUCAGUCGAUGCCCAGUGACACGAACUGCCCGCCGCUAUCGAUAUACCCCAGCUGGCCCCACGCAAACUGACAGUCGUCAUUGCCGAGAUGUGUGUUGAAGCCCUUGAGGACGGCCCCCUCCGCCAGCCCCCAUUUGGCCGCCUCGUCCAACCGGGCCCGGUGCACCACCUCACGCACACCCAACACACGAUGCUGACCGCCAGGCUCAACCCGGACCGCGAAGCACUGCAGCGGCACACGUACCAUCUGGCCCUCCACAUCGGCCAUCGCCCCCACCACCUCCCUGUUGCUGAUCGCACGCAACGCCGCACACUUGACGAAGUGCUCGACGGCCGCAACCACACGACGGGCCACGUCGGUGUUGCUGUCGGUCAGCGUGUCGGUGAUGGUCUCCUUGGCGGCCUCCGUGCCGAAGAGGUACGAUGCGAUGCGCCAGCCGAAGAAGGCGGCCUCUUGCGGUCCGGCUGCCAGGCGGGGGGUCAGCAGAGCGGCCAGGGACCGAUGAGGGGCGAGGGCGGCAUUGAGGGCCGCCAUGGCCGACGUGGACAGGUCGUUGAGCACAUCCGUGUACUCGAUGACCACCAGCUCGCGCUGACGGCGUUGCCUAUUGGUGUUAGCGGGCAUGCGACCGAUGUCUGCCCCCGCCCUCAGCAGCAUGCUGAUGAUGGCCUUGUAGCGCUCGGCCUCCUCGUGCGCGCGCUUCCUCUCAUUUGGCCCUAACCGCUGGUCCCCUAAGCGCCGAUUGCGGAGAUCACAGCAUUGGGCAGCCGCAGUGAGGGGCGUCGUGUUGUUGCGGCUCGGCCUGUUGAUGUCAUUGGCGGACGGCAGGUGGCGGGUGAGGAAAUCGGCCACAUGGACAGAGCCGAAGGAAGCCGCGCUGUACAGCGGCGUUUCUCCCCAGUUGUGUGUGUCCGGUGCCGCGAUAUCCACCCCAUUGUCGAGCAGCAGCGUCAUGUAGCCCUCGAUGAAAGUCUGCGAGUAGCGGCCUGCCUCUUCGAGGGCUGCGUAGACGGCCAGAUUGGAGCCGGCACCGUCUGUCUGAGUGACGAGUGUUCGGUCGUGCUGGAUGAGGCGACGGUAGACCUUCAUCAGCUCUUGCUCGUACUGGGCCGUUUGGCGGAGGCCUGUGUUUGGGAAGGGAAGGCGCAUCACCAUGAAGAACCGAUCGUCUCGCAGACGCACGUCGUGUGACAGCAGGAUGUCCACAGCCAUCACAUUGGCCGCCCUAACGGCCACGGCAAUGGGCCGGGUCGACAUGUCAUAAGCGGGGCCGUGGAUGUCUGCCCCGCCGUCGAUGAGCGCGAUGAUGACAGCCCUCUGCAGCUCGGGCGAUUGCCACCUGGGCAACGCGACGGGGCGAAAGUUCCCAUCCCUGUCCUCAGUCGCCAAGGCCGGCACUCCGUCAGUCACAUUGUCGAUGGCAUAACACAGCAACGAAUAAUAGUGACGCCUGGGGCUGCCCCUCACAUGCAGUGCUGGGCAGCAGUUCGGGUCGGCCCCCCCGCUGCUGAAUGAGUGCCGUCACUUGCUGCGGGUCGGUGAUGGUCCGGCGGAUGACGCACUCAGACAGCUGCAGACUCGCAUCGGACAAGGUGGCGCCGUGCCGGGGCACUACAUCCACAUCAGCAAUGCUGAUAGCGCCAGAUUGCCCGGAGGCAGACGAACUCGAGGUCAUCACUUGAGCUCCUGUGACACAACACAACACACGCAAGGGAGGCCCCUGUAUCUGCGCGACCUCGGCCGUCGCCAACUUCAGGUGUUCUGUCUGUCAGCAUCCCCGAGCAAUGCGCAUCAGCAACAGCCCUAAAGGCUCAGCUGCGGCACUCGCAACAAACCGCAACGGUCAGAUCUCAGGCAGUCGAAGCUGCAGACAGCAAAGUAUCAACACGCGAAUGAGAUCAGAGUAGA